CAAACAGCACAAACAGCACAAACAGCGCAAACAUCACCAUGAGCAGCAUCUUCAACAGCGUCAAAAAGGCUACCUCGCUCGAGGAGUCGGCGCCCAAAAGGAAGCACGUCAGAAACUGCAUUGUCUACAGCUGGGACCACAAGGACUCCAAGGUCUUCUGGGACGACUUGCGACGACUCCCCAUUUUGAACGAUGAGGUCCAAUCGUUUAAGGCCUUGAUCCUCAUCCACAAAUUGCUCCAGGAGGGCCAUCCAGUCUGUCUUAGAGACGCCUUGAGAAACAUCAACUGGAUUGAUUCAGUGGGCAAGAUUUAUGGCAACACUGGCGAUGGAAUCAAGGGCUACGGUCGCUUGUUGAGGGAAUAUGUCGUGUUUUUGUUGAAGAAAUUGAACUUCCACAAGAUGUACAAGUCUUUCAAUGGGGUCUUUGAGUACGAGGACUACAUCUCUUUGCAAACCGUCAGCGAUCCUAACGAGGGCUACGAGGCAAUCUUGGAGUUGAUGAAUCUACAGGACUCAAUUGACGAUUUUCAGAAACUAAUCUUUGCCAGCAUCUCCGAUAACAAGAGAUCAGAAUGCAAAAUUAGUGCCUUGGUUCCUUUGCUAACCGAAUCCUACGGUAUCUACAAGUUUGUUACUUCAAUGCUUAGGGCACUCUACAAAAGCUCAGAUUCCUACGAGGCAUUGCAACCCUUGAAAGCCAGAUACGCCCAACAACACUCCAGGUUGUAUGAAUUUUAUGCUGAUUGCAUGGCUAUCCGCUACUUGAGCUCCAUAGUCACAGUCCCCAAGUUGAAAUUCGAUCCUCCAAGCAUAGCUGAACCAAAUAACGAUUCAAGUCUAAACCUACCUCCAAUUAGAGAAAAGACCCCCUCUCCAACAGUAUCUUCCACUCCCCAACCUCCAUCUCCAGAACCUCAAAAUUCCAUCUUUGAUGCUCAAAAAUCAAGAGGCUUUGAUGAUGGUGCUGAUGACAACGACAUUUUUCCAAAUGUUCAAUCAAAUUUCGCCAGCAUUUUUACAGCUCCAGAACCAAUCCAAAUUCAACCAAUCCAACCAAUUCAAACCGUCCAGCCAGUCAUUGAUCAACAACAACAGUACCAGCUCGUAGCUUCACAGCAAAGAAUAAUUGAUCUAGAAUCACAACUAUUCUCCAUACAACAAAGAUUCCAAGCUGACCAACUAAUGCUACAACAAUAUGACUCAAAAGUUAAAGACUUGGAAAGUCAACUCCAACUAGCAUCUGACUACUCUUCAAAAACAAAUAACGACAACUCCCAACUAAUUGCAAAUAUGAACAACCAAUUGUCAAUUUGGAAGAAAAAAUAUGACUCCCUUGCAAAGUUAUACUCAGAACUAAGAGAAGAACACUUGAAACUAUUGUCCCAAUUCAAAAUCUUGCAAAAGAAAGCCGCCUCUGCUCAAGAAAUUAUAAAUAAAUCAAAUAAAUUAGAAAAAGAUUUAGCCGCAAAAAACAUAGAACUUGCCAACCUAAUCAAACAAAGAGACGCCGCUAGAGUUGAACUUAGCAGAGUUAAAAAUGACAACAACAACACUAGAAAUAACCCAACCAUUUUGUCCCUAGAUAAUGAAGUCAAUUCCCUAAAGGAACAAUUAAUCGAAGAAUCCGACAGAUCCAACCAAUACUUGAUUGAAAUUCAUAAUUAUAAAGACCAAAUUGAUGCUCUACAAAAUAAACUAAACUCAAUCGACGAACAAUCCCUCAAAUCAAGAUUACUAGAAAAAGAAGACGAUGUAUUAAUCCUACAACAAUCCGUUGACGACACUUUGAACAAAUUAGCCGAACUCCAAGAUGAACAUGAAAUUCAACUAAUUGCAAUGGUAGAUGAACAACUACAUAAAGUUGGCGAUAUCAUCGACAUUGUACUAAGCACCGCUAUUGAAAAUAUUAGAAAUGAAAUCUUUGAAUUGGAUUCUCCUACUCCUGCAAAGCAAAUUUCAACUCCAUCCUAUGCUUUAUCUGUUUUAGAAAAAUCCUCUUCCUCACUAAAUGAUUUUACAACUCUAUUUAAUGAUUUCUUAAUUGAUGGAGCAAACGGCGAUCCCUCAGCAAUUGUAAUUUCAAUUUAUGAUUUUUUCAAUUCAAUUUCAACUGUUAUAUCCACAGGAAAGAGCAUUAUCACCUUGACCAACGAAAAGGACUUGGGCCAAAAUUUGUUUGACGAUUAUAAAUACGUAGGGCAAGUUGUUAUUGAUUUUUUAGAAAGUGUUAAAUUGUCAGAACUAAGAUUGUUAGAGACUGAAGAAGACAAGGCUGAUAAAGUCAUUGAUGGCAAUUUUUCAGUUAACAAAGCAAUAAAAGAUUUGGAAGAUAGUCUUGAUAAAUUAACUCCCAAAUUAAAAAUGCCUGAAAACCUUGAUGAAUUGGUUGAUCAAAAGAUUAAUGAUGCUGUCAACUCUGUUAUUGAAGGCUCAAAAUUUUUAAAUAAAAUUAUUGAAAACCCCGAUAAAUUAAAAGUUUCUUCUGUUGAUAUUCAAGUUAGUAAAGCAAUUUUAUCAUCAACCAUUUUUUUAACUGAUGCAAUUAGUGCUUUAUUACAAGCUGCUGCAAGAUGUCAAGAUGAAAUUGCAAGCUCUGGAAAAUACAAAUCAAGAAAUGAAUUUUAUAAGAAAAACAAUAAAUGGACACAAGGGUUAAUAUCAGCAGCUAACUCAGUUGCUACAUCGACUAGUUAUUUAAUUAAAACUGCAGAUGGUUUGAUUAAUAAUUCAAACUCGUUUGAAGAAUUGAUUGUGGCAUCAAAUGGUGUGGUGUCUUCUACUGUUCAGUUAGUGGCUUCGUCGAAAGUUCGAAUUGCACAAAUGUCUAAAUCUCAAGAUGAUUUGGAACAAGCCGGUACUAAAGUUAACAGUGCUUCAAAGGCCUUGGUUAAUAAAGUAAAGAGUUUAUUAGGGUCUCAAGAACCCAAGGAUAAUGUUGACUAUUCUAAAUUCUCAGGACAUCAAUUAAAGACGACCGAAAUGGAACAACAAAUCGAGAUAUUGAAACUUGAAAAUGCACUCGAUAAUGCAAGGAAGAAAUUAGGUCAAAUCAGAAUUUAUUCGUAUCAUGAUGAUUCUGAUGAAGAAUAGUUUAGCGAGUAUUAUUGAUAGUUACAAGCUAGCUAUAUAUAAUAUCAUCUUUUUUGUUUUUGUAGUUGUUUUAUUUAGCUAUUAUUAGUUAUAAGUUUAAAAAUUUUUUUAAUCAGUUUUUAAUUUUUGUUUUAUUUUUAAUUUUUGAUUUAAU